AUGCAGGAUAUAGUUGAGCCAAACGAAGAAGCCGCGGACUACCCUAUGGAAUCGCCGCGAAGAGAACCUGAUCACUGCAUCGACCUGCCCACCGCGGGGAUGGCUCGAUCGGCACCGAGAGUCUGGUUCCGAGACAUUGGAGGGAGUAAGGAACCCGUGGGGGAUCAAGCUUGGGUGGAUCCAGGUCUGACCGAAUUCUUGCGGGAACUUGCCGCUCAGAUGGCCCGGGGGGUAGUGCAAGCGUCCCAGAGGUCCAUCGGAUACGAGGACGGCAAGAACAUGAGGGAUUUCCUCGACCUUGCAGAGUUAGAUUUCAUCGAAAGAGGGCUAGAAGAACGGCUUAUAACCCUGGAACGGAUGAAGGUCAUGAUAGCGAAGAAUGUCUGGAGGGGCGACCACCACGCAUACUCGGCGCGCUUUGCGGACAUCGUGGCUCAAGGGGUGUCGGUGGCUCCAGAUAUGUUGGUGGGGUACUACCUGGCCAACCUGCCAGGUGAAAUACUCAGAGAGGUAACUCGAGGGGGAACAAGGAGAUUCGCAGACUGGCGGGAAGCCGCCGCAGCACUGGCUGCUAUGGCGGCACCGUGGAAGGAUCUAUGCGAAGACCACCACCGAUUCCGGCGAGACUUAGAGGAUGCCACGCGUAGAUGGGCUAAAGGCGAGCGGGAGCCGGACCUACUACGCGAACGAGAGAACAGGGACGACAGAGGAAAUGAUGCUUCGGACCCACGCUGCUACGCGUGCAGCGGAAGGGGACAUUUUCCAGAGUUCCUCACUCACGUCCUGUACACACAUCAUGAUCACGUCACCGCCGGGCAUCGAGGCCAAAAGAAGACCUACAAGGCCCUCA